CUCGGCGUCGCACUGCAACCCACCAGCGCCGAACAAACGUCGCGGCCGCCCGCGACACGCAGCCCGGGCCUUUUGCUCCUCCGCCCCGACACGUUGCCCGCCCACACUCCAGCGCCCUUGCGACUGCGCGCGAGCUCCCCCCCCAGGCCGCUCUGCCGCGUCUGUACCGAAUGCGCCGGCUAGAAAGACGACGCGGCCGCCAUCACCACCACGUCGCCAGUCAUAUGGGCUGCUCGGACUCGGCAUGAAGAUCCUUUCGCCCCGGGAUUUGAACUAUCCCAUCACUGUCAUUGACCUCCUGAAGAAGCGCGACCACGAGGUGCCACGGUCCGAGAAGCUGUUCACCUACAGCUAUGAGAGUCGCGUCAUUGAGGGCGACAAGUGGGGAGGGGAGAAGGCCGUCAUGAAGAAGUUCAGGCAGACGUUUGAUGCGAGCACCGAGGGAAAGAUCACGCGAUGGUUCGUCAAGCCAGGCACCGUCAUUGACCGAUCUGGCAUUCCAUUACUCGAAAUCGAAGAGCCAUGCACGCACGAGACUCAGUUUGGCGGGCUCUGCGUCGACUGCGGCAGAGACAUGACCCAGGUCGAUUACCUGACAAAGGAGCGCGACGUCGACCGCGCCACGGUGAACAUGGCACACGACAACACGGCGCUGCUCGUCAGCCACAAGGAGGCCGUAGCCGCCGAGGAGGACGCAAAGAAGCGCCUCCUGAACGCGCGAAAGCUAACGCUCAUUGUGGAUCUGGACCAGACCGUCAUCCACACCACGUGCGAGCGCACCAUCGCCGAGUGGCAAGCGGACCCCGAGAACCCCAACCACGAUGCCGUCAAGGACGUGCAAGGCUUCCAGCUAGCCGACGACAAUGUAUCCAAUGUGGCUGCAAACUGGUAUUACGUCAAGAUGCGCCCCGGGCUCAAGGACUUCUUCGAUAGGGUUUCCAAGCUCUACGAGAUGCACGUCUACACCAUGGCCACACGAGCCUAUGCGCAGGCAGUCGCGAAGAUCAUCGACCCCGAGCGCAAAUACUUUGGCGAUCGCAUCCUCAGCCGCGACGAGAACUACACCGACAAGCUCAAGAGCCUGACCAGACUCUUCUACCAGAACACGGCCAUGUGCGUCAUCAUUGACGACAGAGCAGACGUCUGGCAAUACAGCCCGCAUCUUGUUCGUGUACCCGUCUUCAAUUUCUUCCCUGGUGCUGGAGACAUCAACGCAAGCUUCCUGCCCAAGCAGCAAGAGCUGGUGUCGUUCGCCAAGGACAAACCAUCUCCCAUGCCCAAGACACCAGAGAGCGAUGGCGAGUCGGUUCUAGUUGUCGGUAAACCCGCCGAGUCGGUUCCAGAGGGAACAGCAAACGGGGAUUUGAAUGAGCUAGGGCAGCAACUCAUAUCCUUGGCGGCAACUGAAGACUUGGAGGUGCAAGCCAAGGAACAGGAGAAGCUCAUCAUCGCUCAGCAGACUGAGCGGCCCUUGUUGCAGCAACAGCUGAUGCAAGACAGGGAGGACGACGAGGCCGACGACCUCGAGACUUCCUUUGAAGUGGAAAAUGGCCAUGUACAACACGCCGAGCACCACAAAGUCCGGCACAGCAUUCUCAACGACAACGACAGGGGCCUCGACAUUAUUGAGAAGAACUUGCUUCUUGUGCAUCGCAUAUUUUACGACGAGUACAGAAAGGCCAAGAAAGUCCCCGCAGGCGGUCGCGUGGCAGAGCUGAAAGGCGAAAAGAGCCCCAAGAAACGAGCCAUGGACGACGUUAUCCCUGAUGUUGCCGAGAUCAUGCCGCGCAUCAAGAGUGAGGUGCUUGACGGCGCCGUGGUUGUCUUUUCGGGCAUUAUCCCGCUUGGCGUGGAUGUGUUGUCAUCAGAUUUUGCACUGUGGAUUUCGAGCUUCGGCGCCGAGGUUACUACCAACGUCAAUCGGCGGACGACCCAUGUCAUUGCCAACCCUGAUCGGAAGACAACCAAAGUCAAGCGGGCUGCUCGAUAUCCCCACAUCAAGAUUGUGAAUCCUGAAUGGAUGUUCCAGUGCUGCACCAGGUGGGAGCAUGUGGACGAGACGCCCUAUCUGAUUGAAAUAGAUGCUGCCGACCGUGGCGGGUCGCCAGUUCCCGACCUUGAAGACGAGAGCAUCAAUGGAACAGGCGAUGAAGAAGCAGACGAUGCGCAGCACUCACCGAUAGUCGAGAUGUCUGACGAGGCGUGGGCUGCGCUGGAUGAUGAGUUGGCCGAGUUCAUGGACGAGACGGAUACAGACGGCGCGAGCGAGUCGGACACGGAAAGUGUUCGCUCGGAGAGUAGCACAGUGUCGGACACAAAACAGGCCAAGAAGAAGCGAAAGCGCACCAGCUCAAGAGAGGUCAGCGAGGCCGAGGAGAGCGACAGUAGUGUCAACAGUACUUCUCAGCUGCAGCGGCGGAAGAAACGGACCAUGGAGCGAGUGACGUCGCUGACCAACGUGGUUAGUGCAGACAAGUCGUCCGGGCUGCCCAGCCCCGAAACAACGGGGCCAGAAGAGGAGCAAGGCGAGGACGAGGACAAGGCGGUUGAAGCCAACGGGGUUGCGCCGGACCUGGAGGAGGAGUACGACGACGCGCUCGAGGCGGAGCUACUGGCGGGCUUUGGGGAUAGUGGGAGUGAUGGCGAAGAGGGAUGAAAGGCGUAUGGGGUGGAGAGCAAGCAAAAGCAAAGGGGGCCGUCUGCAAGCGUUGUAUUAUCUGUGGUCUCACCUGCAUAGCGAGGUGUCUGGCAUCUGGCGUUGAACAUACUGGGCAUUUUUGGAGAUACCUUACAAUUGG